ACUUCUUCACCACCAUCUCUAUCUAUCCAACACCAGCAUACUCAUUUAGACGCACCAUAGUAAAUAUACAAUAAAUAAUAAAGCUAUGGCAACGACUACACUAACAAAAAUCGAUCGCAAUAUAACCGUUCCAUUCCAUCUCAAGCUUUUCUACAAAACCGGUUCAUUUCACCGGUAUGUAAAUAAAUCUCAGCCUUCCCAAAAUAUUCAUUUUAUUAAUGUGAAAACUAGACUCGAGGAAUUUAGUCCGCAUGGUGAAUUACCUCUUCACGUUAAUAUAUAUACAUGGCAAUCCUGCACUUUGCGCGAAUUAUCACAUUUACUAGCGACUGCGCUUCCAGAUCUUCUGCCCGAUCCGGCGAUUGGCACUCGUCUUUCAUUUCGUCUUAUCUUUCCCGAUUCACGACCUGCUGCUAGUGGUCCAGCGAGAUAUAUAACUAAAGAUCUGGGUAGUGUCGUGGUUGGGGAUGGGGGACCGGGAAUCCUACCAGAUGAGGAGGAGAGUGCGAUUGUUUCGGGAGGAAUUAUGGCGGGGAGUUUGAUGGGUGAGCCGGAAAAGACGUUGCAGGAUGCGAGAUUUGUAAUUGGUGAUUAUGUUUGCUGUGCGAUAUUACCACCCAUGGCAGAUGGAGGAGUUGCGCCACCACCUAGUGGUCCUUCGAGAGGAGGGUUUGCAGGUGGAAGAUCUGAGACGAGUGAGUUUGGUGGUAGAGGGGGGAUGGGACCUAGACAGAAUGGGUUUGGGGGCGGGUAUAGAGGGAGAGGGGCUUCAAGAGGUGGAGGAUUCAGUCAGGGUAUGGGUCAAGGACCUGGAGCAGGUGGUGUGCCGAGUGGAGAAUGGAGACGAGGUGAGAGGAUACCGAAUGGUCCGUCCGGGGGAAGAGGUCGUGGUUAUGGAGGUGGAGGGGGUUUUGGAGGUGGAAGAGGCCGAUAUCGAGAAUGAGGCGACGUAUGAUACCAUUACGCGCUUAUUACGAAUGACGGCGCCGCUUUUCCUUUGGAACUAUACAUUUCGUCUUUUGCUCGAUUUUCCGCGAUUUUGGAAGCGAAUGGUAUAUUUUAUCCAUCAUCUAACUCUUUAGGCAACCUUUCGCAUUACCAGCAAUGUAUGGAGGAUG